UUGACCGGGGUGUCGAUAUUGUUAGAAAAUAUUGACCGGGGUCAUAAUUCAAAAAGGGUCACUUUACAUCUUUACUGGUGUAAACUCAAAAACUCCCUCGACAAUGUGUCUUGCUUUUACACAGGACAUCGGAAGAUAUUACUUCAUAAUUUGGAGAAAAAAAAACAUUAACAAAUAUUUAUCUGCCAGUUUCUUUUUCUAAAUGGUUCUUUGCUAAUAACGAUAUGAAAUGAAAGCGUGGACUAUCGUCGCUGUGCUUAGACCUUAUCAGAGCUCAUAAUCUUGGACGGACGACCUUUCUAAUAAAUGUGCGUUUCAUAAGUAUAAACCCAAAGAUUGAGAAAUUUAUGUACGCUUAAUAAAGAAAGAAAUUUAACAAAAGGUUUCUCAAUGUCUAUAAGUAAGACAAAUCAUGUGAUAAUUACUAACACGAGCCUGAAGAAACAAGACUUGAGUUUAAAACGUUUUAUCCAAAAAUGGUUUUAAAAUUCAACAAUGUUAUUUAAAACACCUAUUAAACGAAAUCGGUGAAUUUGAAGAAACAAAAAAGUUAAACGGAGAUCAAAUUAAAAUGUGUGUCUGCAAGGUAAAAUUUGUAUAAUAAAUGUUUUAUUUUAACUGUUAAACGAGUUUCGAAGAAAAGGUAAUACAUGAUUAUGUCUGUUAAAAAAGGAUCAUUAAUUAAUUAUAUUCAAUGACGUUUGGAAAGAAAGUGCAUAUGAAACGCUAUACUCGACGUUACAUUUGUAAUGUAUUUAUCAACCUGGGACAGAUGCAUACAUGCAUGCAAAUUUAUCAUUGUUUUAUGACAGAUUAUUCAGUCUAACACCUAUAUAACGUUAGUGCUCCAUCUCAUCAAAGGAAUUACAUGUAUUGAAAUUAACGACGAUUUAAGUUUGCCUUUUUGUUUCACCUGUUUCACAACAGUCUUGCAUCACUGAAAAAGCAUCCAACGAUUUAAUUAUGAUUGUUGUAAGCAAGUCAUUUUCAGCAGCAAGUGUAAGCCUGAAAAUUGGAACUUUGAUACUGUUUAUAUGUUUGAUAAUACACGUUGUUGGAUUUACAGUGGCAAGAUGGGCAUCGGUCACUAUUUCGGUGGCGAAUAACGGGACCGGUAUUCAAACAUUUUACCAUGCUGGUUUGUGGUUACAUUGUGGAUGUGUAGACCUCGGUGAAAUAUCCUGUAUUUGUUAUUCUAGAGGAGGUGAUCCUGGAUGGUUUAAUGCGGUUCAAGCCAUGGAGACAAUCGGUUUGAUUGGAUUGUCUGUUACUGCACUGAUGUGUUUAGGUCUUGUCUUUUACAAACAGACCAUGGUUCUUAAAAAGGUCAAUAUUGCCAUUAUAUUAAGUUCAGUUAUAUUUAUAGUUGUUGGACUUAUCAUCUUUGGAAUUGAGAACAUGGAAGAUACCCAAGGCAUGUUUGAAAUGUUUGAUAAAAAUGACAAUGAAAAUACGCACGGGAGCCUGCGUAUCUCUUUUAUCCUUUGUGCAUUAAGUGUGAGCGUUUGUUUCUUCGUCUGCCUUCCUCUCCUCGUGAUUGACCUGCGGACACCACUAUUGCAACAUUCGACAUUGCGGAAUUAUAUUGCUCAAGCUCCUGUUCAAUACUCGAACCAAGGUCAAGUUAUAAUUCCUUCAUCGGGUCAAGCGCAGGUGAUCAUCAGCCUUAUUGGUCAGCAAAAUUUGGGUUUCGUGCCAGCAUUCACUUAUGGACAAUGUGUGGCACUACCGCAAUAUGCAGCUUCCGGGCAAGAUAUCAACUCGCAUCCAGAGCAGACUAAUGGUAUUCCACAUCAAGAGUAAAACUUGACAAAAAUAAUUAUAUGCUUGACGUUACAGGAAAACGAAAUUGAUGAAACGAAAAAGUUUUACACUGUUUUAAAUGCAUUUUUUAAAGUAUGUAAAUGAUACAAUAAUAUGAUGACGUAAAAGAAAAUGUAUGCCUUAAUGAUUCUUGGUAUUCAGAAGUGAUUAUAUGAUUAUGUCUUCUGUGAAGAUGUUUGAAAUCAAAUAAAUUCAUUUGUCAUCAUCUUCAGAACAUCCAAAUGAUAGAUUUACGUAUAGAAAAUAUACAUGUAGUAUUGUAAGAAGUUGUUAGGAGUUAAAAGACAAACACAAAAUAACUUUUUAAAUGAAGUAUGGAUUAAUCAGAGUGUUGGAGAGUAAAUAUAUAUUUUAGCAGUAGUAAAACAAAGAUUAACAGAUACAUUUAUACAAAUUUGGUAUACAACACUAAGAGAUUCAUCAAGAGCAAGAAGUUAUGUAAUUAUCUUUUAUUUUGGCUUUAAAACAUAUCAGUUAAUGGUUAAUAUUGAAAAGUUUACGAAACCUUUAUCACAUCCCAGGACUUCUCACCUAAAUCUAACAGAUCGCAUACACCUGAAGCAAUUCCUUAUCGUGAAAGAAAAUGUAACAUUUGCUCGAUGUUAGAAAAUGAAUUUCAUGUAUUAUUAAAAUGUCCACUGUACAAUGUUUGAGAAAACAGCUUAUGAAUAAAUAUUUUUGAAAAAGACUAAAUAUUCCUAAAUUUAUUGAAAUGUUAAAUGUAAUGGUACUUAAUUGAUAUUAUUAUGUUAAACUUGUGCUUCAUUUACACGGUCAGGUAAUAUGGUUAUUCUGUUCAUAUUAGACCAAACUUCAGUCUCAAUUUCAUGUUAAAUAUGUAUGUAUGUAUGUAUGUGCGUGCGUGCGUGCGUGCUUGUGUGUGUGUGUAUGUGUGUGUAUGCAUGCAUGCAUGCAUGAUGUAUGUAUGUAUGUAUGUAUGUAUGUAUGUAUGUAUGUAUGUAUGUAUGUAUGUAUGUAUGUAUGUAUGCAUUUAUGUAUGUAUGUAUGUAUGUACUCAUUGGUGUAUUACCCAUAUGUGUUCUGAAAUAAAAUCUAGAAUCUACAAUCAUAUAUGAUUUUUUUCAAUAUUGGAAUUAUUUAUGUAAAAUCUGCCCAUUGUAGAUCAAACCAUUUUAUUGUCUUUUUAUAUGUAUUUUAUUCAAGUUUUAUUCUGUUUCAUAUCCUGUUAAUGACAUUACUUCAUCAGAAAAAUAAAUGAAAAACUAUUUCUA